AUGACCAGAGACUGCGGACACAGUACAGGAGAUGACCAGAGACUGCUGACCUUUAGGGAGGGGGGAGCGGUUACCCAAAUUUUGACAGGUAUCCGCUCCCACUUCAUCCCCUCCCUGUCUUCUGGGACACAUGACAGGUCCCAGAAGACUGCCGGACCAUUCACAAAGUGCAACGCUUCUUGCGCAUGCGAAGUGGGCACCCGGCUGUGAAGCAGCAAGCUGUGUCACAUCGGAGGUGCCCACAUCAAAGAUGCCGGAGAGAAGAAAGUGAGGACAGCACUGGACCGUGAGGAACAGGUA